UUCUUGUUUCUCUAAGAUAACUCUCAAAUACCCUUUUUUUUUCCUAUGUCAAAACAAUCUGCAGAGUGAGGAACAUGUUCAAAGAGAAUCAGGAACUGGCAACUUUUUUUCCUGCAGUAGAAAUACUAUAAAGAACCAGACAAGGAGAAAAAGUUAAGGAAAGGAAAGUUAACAAUUUUCCUGGGAAAAUAUGUUGUUUUCUUGUAAAAAGUUCAGUAGUUAGACCAUUUCAGACACAACAUGGAAUCGAUUCGAAACACAAUGCAGAUGCAUGAAGAUGUCUUCAAACACCAGGUACAGGAACUUCAUCGGCUCUAUAGUGUUCAGAAGAUACUAAUGGAUGAGUUGAAAAAGGAGAUAAAAAACAACAGGUUUUGGACCACUACUAGCUCCAACAUGAACCAAACUACUGGUGUGUUCGGUUUAAAUGUUCAAGGUGAUCCGAGACCAAGGAGCUUUGACCAAGCAGGGCCUAGCUCCAGAACUAACCGGAUAAUGAGUAUUGGGGGCUCUGAUGAAGAUAGUGAAGUUGAACUGACACUCGGUAUCGGGAUCGGAGGCAGCGGUUCGAGAAAGAAGAAGCUAAAGAACUGCAGUACUAGUUCUCAGUCAGUUCAUAAUAAGGAGCUGGAUUCAUCAGCUUCAUGUAGUGGCCCCGGCACUCCGGUGAGCAGCUCUAGUGCGACAUUUGAUCAGGAAAGAAGCUACCGCAUUGGCUUUUCCAAGGUUUUAGCACAAACAGAACUUGAUCCACUUAACAAUGUCAAUGCCCAAUAG